AUGGCGUCCCUAAUGAACUCAGAGCGCAUACCCUCAGAUCAACCGGGCUAUUCCUUUGCAAACCACACCGCAACAGCACAAGAGGCCUCAGGAGCCAAACAACAUGCCUUCUAUCCAUACACCGACAAUGGUGGCUCCACACUAGGCAUCACAGGUGCAGACUUUGCCAUCCUCGCCGGCGACACGCGGUCUACCUCUGGUUACAACAUCAACUCUCGCUACGUGCCCAAAUUGUUCCGCAUUGGAGAGGACGGGUCCGACGAACAGUCAUCACGGAUCGUACUGGCGGUUGUGGGCUUCGCAGCCGACGGCAAUGCCUUGAAAGAACGCCUCGAUGCUAUCGUCAAGAUGUACAAAUACCAACACAACAAACCCAUGAGCGUCAAGGCGUGCGCGCAACGUCUUUCUACAAUCCUGUAUCAGAAAAGAUUCUUCCCAUACUACGUGCACGCGAUUCUGGGCGGAUUGGACGAGGAUGGUAAGGGGGCGUUAUACUCGUACGAUCCUGUGGGGAGCUACGAGCGAGAACAGUGCCGGGCCGCGGGCGCAGCGGCGAGCUUGAUCAUGCCGUUUCUGGACAACCAGGUCAACUACAAGAAUCAGUACAUACCGGCGUCAGGUGUAGGACUUGACUUGAAGCAAAGACCGGUCGAAAGUCUGCCGAAGGAUGUGGUUGUAGGAUUGGUCAAGGAUGCAUUUACCAGUGCGACAGAACGACAUAUUGAGGUGGGCGAUGGUUUGCAGAUGUUGGUCAUCACCAAGGACGGAAUAGAGGAGACAUUCACACCUCUCAAGAGGGAUUAG